AUGGAUCGGUUUGCUGAAGCUGAUCAUGAUGAUUUGUUGUCCGCUGAUUUUUGCGUGGUCCCUGCUCCUAUGGCUGGUGAAUUUCUUGAGAAUCUAGUUUUUCUUGAGGUGGGGUUAGAUCAAGCCAUCCUGGCUUGGAAGUAUCCACUGGAAAGAAUACAGCCUCCCCUCUACUUCAAGGCUACUUUCCAGAUUGACUGUCAGAUCUUGAAGAGAGGAUGUUACAACAUCAGCUUGUUUGACAACAACAACCCUGAAAUCGUGAAAAACCCCUUGGCUUUUUGUUGGCUAAAGCCUGUGGCCUUUGAAGGAUCCAGAUUCAAUGAAUGGCAACAACUCAUGCAAGCCAUUCAUGCAAUUGUAGCCAGACAUUUUGUGUCUUGGCCCCUUAACUCCCCAGAUGAUAAUCAUCAGACUUCAUGCGCAGAUCAAUUGCCCAUUUACAAUUCUCGUGGCAACCACUGUCCAGCGACUCUCUUGGACAAUGUUCCAUUCUCCAAGCCCGUCUCCGUGAUCUUCACACUUUGGAGAGCUCCUGGUAUUCACAACAGGAGCAUGGUUGGUGCCAGAUUUUAUUCAAUCCGCAAGAUCAGUGUGAAAGCUACACCCUAUGCCAAGUUAACGGAAGUGCAACUAUCAAAUCGCCAACAGAGUCAAGAACAACAGUAUAAAGAUUAA